CUUUUAGUUUGAAAAAAUAAUGUGCUGCUUUACUUCCGGUGAGCAUGUGCGGGUCAAAUUGAUGUUCACAGACAGAUCCUUUAUCCUUUCAGGUGCACAGGAUCUGUGUGAAGAUAUUUUAAAAAGAAGCUUUCAGUGUCGAUCAUGGAUUCACCAGCAACCUCACAGCCGGUCAUAUGUGAAGUCUGUGGGACAUACUUUGAGACACGACGGGGCCUCUCCAGCCACGCUCGCCUCCAUCUCCGCCAGCUCGGUGUGACGCUGUCGGAAAACAGCGGCGCUCCGAUCGAGCUCCUCUACCAGCUCGUCCGAGAGAGAGACGGAUGUCUUCCGUACGUCCAGCCCGAGUCGCCUAAGUCCGGGCCGACUGUGUCCAAAAGGACAUCUCAGCCGAUCACCAAGACGCCUUCGCUACAAGACAGGACAGACGCCUCCUACAAGUCAGGCGUUCGAGUCGUGACGACCCUGCCCCAGACGGAGAGUCAGGGGUCUCCAGUCAGACUGAAAGAGUCACCCCUGCUCCCGUCGUCUCAUUCUGCUCUGCACGCCGCUGAAGGCAGCAGCUCUUCUUUUUCGCAACAGAAGUCCUCAGGCAAGCCCCUCUGGGCGCCGCUGGAGACUGAUGCCCCCAUCACUCUAGACACCACUGAUGAGGUGCAUGUCUGCCAGCUCUGUGGCUGCUGGUUCGAGACCCGCACGGGCCUGUCCAGCCAUGCCCGCGCCCAUCUGCGGCAGAUGGGAAUCCCCGACAGUGAAGGCAAAGGCAGCCCGAUCGACCUCCUUUACCAGCUGAUGGAGGGCGAGGACCUGAAGGACGCCGGCGCCGAGCAGCCGGAGAACCUCACGUCGGACGGCCCCGCCAGAUCGUCUGCCAAGCGUGCCUCCGAGCAGUCCCUCUCAACCGCGUCGUCCAUCAAGCGGCCCAAGGCGUCGGACGACUGCACCUGCGUCCUGUGCGGGGAGGUGUUCGAGAACCGGAAGGGCCUGGGCAGCCACGCUCGCUCCCACCUGCGCCACAUCGGGGUGAGCGACCUGGUGGGGAAGAGCUCCGCCAUCGAAGCCGUCCAGGAGCUGGUCAGAAGCGGCAUGCUGCAGCCGGUACACCCCAGCAAGUCAAAAGGUGCGGUCAGCUCGUCGGCGGCGUCGUCUCCUGCGCCGGCGUCUCCCGCCACCCCCGCUCGCUCUCCGGCUCCCAGCCAGUCCUGGACCCCGCAUUCCCCGGCUUCCCUCAAGACGACGCCCGUGAAGAGCCCCCAGCUUCCCGUCAGCAAAGCGCCCAAGGCGAAGAAAGGCUUCCGGCUCGCCGUGGACCCUCUGUAUCGGAAACCCAAGCCGGAGCCCGUGGAGAUGGAGGUGACGGCCCAGCCGAGCACCUCCGUCACGAACAACUCCUCGGCGCUGCAGAAGUCGCCCGUUACCGCUCCGUCCUCAAAGCCUCCCGAGCCAGGAAUCCAGUCCCCCCCCACAGUCCUGUGCGACUACUGCGGCCAGCUCUUUGACACCCGCAAAGCCUUAUCGUGCCACGCCCGCGCCCACCUGCGGCAGCUCGGACUCACGUGGUCGAUCAAAUCCUCGCCCAUCGAGCUCCUCAAAGAGGUCAUGAUGCACAACGAGGAAACCAAGAAAGAGCUCCUGCACGGCGGCUCUGCCGCUGACAGGAAGUCGACUCCUCACGCCUCCAAACCGCCGCCGGACGGCCUCUCGCCGGGCAUGGCGGCCUCCAGCUCCUGCGCCGUGCCUCUAGACUUCUCAAUGAAAGAGAAAGCUCCGCCAAUCAAAGACUCCUCCUGUGAGGUUUGUGGAUUCUACUUUGAGAACCGGAAAGCCCUGGCCAGUCACGCGCGGGCUCACCUCCGCCAGCUGGGCAUCGUGGAGUGGAGGACCGACGGAGUGACUUCGCCCAUCGAGCUCCUCAGUGAGCUGAUCCGGAAAGACCCGGCCAAGGUGGCCCAGAUCACCCGGCGCUACCGGACGGGAGACCUCUACAUCAAGAAGUCCCACAGGCGCUCCGGCUCGCCCUCGCUGUCCGUGGACUCUGACUCGGUGCCCGGCGGCGGUCUGAAGCCUCACAUGCAGCAGCAGCAGCACGAGCAACAGCACGAGCACAGAGCAAGCAGGGAGGACUCGGGAGCUGCUGCCGGCUCGUCCAGACAGUCGCAGGGCCACACCAGGGCCAUGGCGGCACACGGCCUCGCCAGCGUGCGAUCCCCGAGGGGGGUUCAUCCACCGAAGCAUGGAGGAGCUGCAAGGAAGGAAAACGGGGAUUCGAACUCCCAGCAGGCGCCUCGCUCAGGCAGCAUCCCCGCACUGCUGCCAAAGCCUCCGCUGACUCCACUGGUCAAACUGGUGGGGAAGAUCUACUCCCUGAAGUGCAGGUUCUGUGAGGAGGUUUUCAGCGGGCCGCUGUCGGUUCAGGAGAAGUGGAUCACACACCUGCAGAAGCACAUCCUGUCUCUGGGCUACAAAGGCAACGCGUCGCCGCCGGCUACGCCCGUGACCACCGCAGCGCUCGUGGAUCCCGUGGCCGUCUGACCGGAUCGCUCUCCAGAGACAGAAACGUCUCAGUGAAACAAGACUUGAAUGCUUUAUUCCUUUUUGAAAUUAUCUGCUUGUGAGAGUGUGGGGUGUUUCUGAUCUGUCCUGCAGAGGGCAGCCAUGAGCCAUACCAGACUAAAUGAACUCAGGUAAAAAUCCACUGGAUGCUGAAGGCUGGAAGAUUUAAUAAAAACACUUCUUAUUAACAACUUUCCCUCCUGCUUCUCCCACAUUUCUUCCAUUCGAUCGGAUCUUAAAUGUAUUUCAAUGUCAUGAAACGUGUUUUGAUUUCAGCCUGUCAGGCUGGACUGGUGUGGUUGUCUGUUUAACUUGAGCCUUGUUCUUCAGAGUGUGUGUAAUUUACUUUGAAUGUUUCUUAUGACACAGAGACCAAAAACUGAGCUGCGGUUUGGAAUCAGGAAAACAGCGUCACAACGUUACGUCCAUCAUUUUCUUCUACAAAACAAGCUGAUGAGCUUCAUGUGCUGGAUUUUCUAGAGUCUUUUACAUUUUGUUUUUUAACACUUCUGUAAAAAUAAAUUAUACAGACUG